ACAUAUAUAUGUCAAUAAAAAAAAAAAUAAUAAUACACAUUCCAAGUUGUCAAAUGAGCUUUUGACAUUUAUAUUAAAAAAUAAAAAUUGAUUAAUCACCAUUUGGAGUUAAAUUUCGGCAUAAAUUCAUGCCAUGAAUACCUAUGAUCGUGGUGGACCAGGAGUGUCUGGAAAUUCAUUUGAUCGUUGGGUACAAAGAUCUGAUGUAUCAAAUGAAUCACCAAUGACUAAAAUGCAACAUCAAUAUUGGCUAACAAAACAGACAUUAUCAAGAAAAUUAGGCAAAAAAGAAGAUGAAUGUAUUGUCUCAUCUGAUGCUGAGCUUGAUGCAAAGCUUGAACUUUUUCGUAGUAUUCAAGAUUCAUGUUGUUAUUUACAACGUGUUAUUGAUAAAUAUCAAGAAAGAUUAUGCAAUUUGGCACAAGAAGAAAAUACAAUGGGACGUUUUUUAAAAGAAGCUGGUAAACAGGAUAAAACAAGAGCUGGAAAAAUGAUGUCUGCUGUUGGUAAAUCAUUAUCAUAUUCUGGCCAACAACGUAUUGCAUUACGUUCACCACUUGUUAGAUUAUAUCAAGAAGUUGAAACAUUUAGACAACGUGCUAUUGAAGAUACAUUACAAAAUGUACAAUCAAUGGAAAAAGCACGUACUGAAUAUCGUGCAGCAUUAUCAUGGAUGAAAAAUAUAUCACAAGAACUUGAUCCAGAUACAACAAAACAAUUAGAACGUUUUCGUAAAGUACAAAUACGUGUUAGACGUGGUAAAGAAUUAUUUGAUAAUCAAGCAUUUGAUUGUUUACAAAAAAUUGAUUUAUUAGCAGCAGCAAGAUGUAGUAUGUUUAGUCAUGCACUUGUACUAUAUCAAAGUACAUUAUUAACAUUUACUAAAAAAUCAUCACAAGCAUAUUCAACAAUUGCAAAUAGUUUUAAGGGUUAUCAACGUUAUGAUUUUACUGUUGUUAAAGAACUUGCUGAUACAUCAAUUAAAUUAGCUAAAGAAACUAGUGGUAAUAAUGAUGAUGAUGGUGGUGCAGCUGGUGGUACUGCUGAUGCUGAUCAAGAUGAUGAUGAUGAUAAAGAUAAAUUAUUAUUUUUUGAUUCUGAAUUUCAUGAUAAUAUUGAAGAAGCACAAGAGGCCAAAACAAUUGAUGAUAAUUCAAAUAAUAAAGAUGAAAAAUUACUUGAUAUAAAUUAUGAUGAAAGCAAAAAUAUACAAAAAAAAAUUGAUUCAACAUUAAAUGAUAAUAAAAAACCGUCCGAUAAAGUACUUGAUGAUUUUUUUUUAACAUUAAAUGAUAAAAAAAAAAUAAUUAAUAAUGAUAUUGAAAAUAAUUUAGCUAAAUUAGAUCUUGAAAUGGAUUCAUUUAUUGCAAAUACAAAUGAAAUAUUUGAUUUUACAAGUGCACCAAUUGUUGAUCAAUCAACAUCAAGUGAUAAAAAUCAAUUUGAAUUUUUAGCAAAUGAAAAUAUGACGUUGUUGGAUGAUAUAUUGACUAAUGAUUCAACUGGUAAUGCUGAAUGGGAUGCAUUUACAAAAGAAUCAUUUUUACCAGCUGGUAUAUUGAAACAAAGUCUUGGUGAUGUUACUCUUUGUAAAAAUCAAAUGAAAACAAAAUCAUUUAAUGAUGAAAAGAAAAAGGAUAAACUUAAAGGAAAAAAUAAUUCAUGGCUUGAUUUGUUUGCUGAGUUGGAUCCACUUGCUAAUAAUCCAAUUGAGAGUCUUUCAAAAUCAAAUGAUAAUAAUGCUCCAGCUUAGUCAGUCUUUUUUGUUCUUUUUAAAGAGAAAAGUCAUCAAUGUAUUUAUGAUAUUAUCGUAAAUCAUUCAACCAUACUUCAAACAACAUUCCAAAGAGAAAAAGUCAUCAAAAAAUAUUUCUUACCAAAGAUUAUAUAAAUAUUUUAAUUAAUAAUUAAUAGAGUGUAUUUAUGUUGUCAUGUAUUAUUUUUUAUUAUUAUCUUUUUGUUUUUUUUUUGAACUUAAAAUAUUGAAAAACUGGUAAAUUAUAAAACUGAUUUUUUUGUUUCUUUUACUUUUAUUUAAAUUUGUUUUUUUAUUUUCUUUUCAUUAUAAUUAAGUAUCCAAUUGUAAAAUUUAUAUAUACAAAAUAAUAAUUAUUAAUAAAAAUAAAGAAUUAUACAAAGAUAAUCAUGUCA